CGGAUUUUGUAAAGCUUGAGUUUCCGAACAAAGUGAUAUCCACAACAUGUCUGUUUAAUAAAAUCAGUCAACAGAGGAACUGAAUAAAAAGCUACAUUGAUUACAGUUUCCUCUCUGUCAAACAUGACAAGUUCAAGUCAAAUGUAUUUAGAUACCUAAUAUGCCUCAAAGGGCUUUAUAGUCUGCACAGCAUUCAGCAGCCUCUGUCCUGAGACCCUCGAUUCAGAUAAGGAAAAACCCACUUUUUACACUUAUGAACAAAUAUCGAAAAAGAAGCCCAUGCCAAGCAACCUCCUCUCCACCAUGACGUCACUGUUACUGCAGAAUGCAACUUCCCUGAGUGUGUGAGCGACUGACCACAAUCGGCAAGUUUAUUUUAAUCACACAGUCCCGUACAGAAACAAUUCAAAGUGCCUUACAGUGAUGCAACAGUAAAGACUACACAAAUAAGUAACUCCUCUCACAGCAGCAGCACCUAAUUUUAAACUGCAGAGUGUUUGUGUGUUGGUGUGAGUUUAGUCACCGGCUUUUGUCCCAUAGGUUUUUCUCCCAAGCUCUUUUUAAUAUUAUUCAUACGUAGUUUGCAUAAUAACAAAUUAGCUGUGUCCUUUCACCUAACCUGAUAUCAUGCAUGUUAAUAAUAUACUGUAAAGAGGAACAUGAGCGGACUGGUUGUGGUCAGUAGGCAGAAGCCAGAGAUCAGGGUGUUGACAGAAGAGAGUUAUCCAUCAAGACAAACACAUCUCUCCCUCCUGGUUUACUUCUUGUGUACAGUAUUCACCUGAUGAUGUUUUAUUGUCUCUGAAGCCAGAUAUAGAGACGAGAGGAGCAGCUAUGGGUUUAACAACAGCGGCUGGUGGAUUUGUCGUCUUCCUUCUCUCUGUUUCAGGGGUACAGGGUCAAUGGGGAGUGACUUUUGCUCCUACUCAGGUCUGUGCCACCAAAGGAUCAACAGUGGAAAUGCACUGCACCUAUACGUACCCAUCACCUUAUACAGUAGAUAAGGCAUUCUGGUUUACUAAAUCAGAUAAAGUCCCUUUGGACAGCGACUCAGACUACACAGGCCGUGUGGAAUAUGACUGUUAUGAGAACAACUGCACUCUGAGAAUCACAAACCUGACCGGGGGCGACUCAGCUCCGUACUAUUUCAGGUUCACAACAACACCAAGAAAUGCUUAUACUGGUGCACCUGGAGUCACUUUGUCUGUCACAGAACUCCAGCUGCUCGUAAACGAGAUAACGGUCAAUCCAUCUAAUACUGAGGCAAAACUGAAGUGUCAGACAACCUGCACACCUCUUUCUUUUGUCUGGUUCAAGAAUGGACAGGAAGUUCCUGAACAAACCAAUUCAUAUUCAGGCUUUUUAAAUCCUGGAGACAACAUCUCCUGUGCUUUGAAGGGACAUGAGGAUUACCGCUCUCCUACACUGUAUGCUCUAAAGUUUCCCUCCGUGUCAGUGAGUCCCUCUGGCGAUAUAAUGGAGGGCAGUUCAGUGAACCUGACCUGUAGCGGUGAUGCUAACCCAGCAGCUACUUACACCUGGUACAAGAAUGAAACAUACCUGUAUACUCUCAGUGAAGUGCUCGUCUUCAGCUCCAUCCAGUCCUCCGACUCUGGACUGUAUUACUGUGCAGCUGAGAAUGAGCUGGGGAGAAGGAUGACUGAAUACUUUAUUGACGUGAAAUAUGCUCCAAAGCUUCCCUCUGUGUCAGUGAGUCCGUCUGCUGAGAUAACAGAUGAAAAUUCACUGACUCUGACCUGUCGCAGUGAUGCUAACCCAGCAGCUAACUAUACCUGGUACAGAAAGAGAAGAAAUCCAGACCUUCAAUCUGUUAGUAAAGAACCACAGCUUGUCUUCAGCUCCAUCCAGUCCUCCGACUCUGGAGAAUAUUACUGUACAGCUGAGAACAGGCUGGGGAAGAAGACAUCUGAAUUCAUCUAUGUUAAUGGGAAAUAUGGUCCAAAGCUUCCCUCUGUGUCAGUGAGUCCCUCUGCUGAGAUAGUGGAGGGCAGUUCAGUGACUCUGACCUGUAGCAGUGAUGCUAACCCAGCAGCUAACUAUACCUGGUACAAGGAGAACCAAAAACUGCUUCAGGGACCAGAAGGAAAUUAUCGUUUCACCUCCAUCAGCUCUGAGGACAGAGGAAUCUACUACUGCGAGUCUGAGAAUCAGUAUGGAUGGAUCACCUCAUCGUCUUUAUCAGUAGAUGUUCAGUAUGCUCCAAAGCUUCCCUCUGUGUCAGUGAGUCCCUCUGCUGAGAUAGUGGAGGGCAGUUCAGUGACUCUGACCUGUAGCAGUGAUGCUAACCCAGCAGCUAAAUAUACCUGGUACAGUGAGGAUGGAAAUUUAUUCCAUCAUCCUCAGAGACAAGAACCACAGCUUGUCUUCAGCUCCAUCCAGUCCUCUGACUCUGGAGAGUAUUACUGUAAAGCUGAGAACGAGCUGGGGAGGAGGACGUCUAAUUACAUCUCUAUAGAUGUGAAAUAUGGUCCAAGGCAUCUCUUUACAUCAGUGAGGCCCUCUGCUGAGAUAGUGGAGGGUGAUUCAGUGACUCUGACCUGUAGCAGUGAUGCUAACCCAGCAGCUAACUAUACCUGGUACAAGGAGAGCAAAACACUUCCUCAGGGACCAGAAGGAAAUUAUUAUUUCAAGUCCAUCAGCUCUGAGGACAGAGGAAUCUACUACUGCAAGGCUGAGAAUCAGUAUGGAUGGAUCAUGUCAUCGUCUUUGUCAGUAGAUGUUCAGUAUGCUCCAAAGCUUCCCUCUGUGUCAGUGAGUCCCUCUGCUGAGAUAGUGGAGGGCAGUUCAGUGACUCUGACCUGUAGCAGUGAUGCUAACCCAGCAGCUACUUACACCUGGUACAAGAAGAAUGGAAAUUUAUUCCAUCAUCCUCAGAGACAAGAACCACAGCUUGUCCUCAGCUCCAUCCAGUCCUCUGACUCUGGAGAGUAUUACUGUAAAGCUGUGAACGAGCUGGGGAGGAGGACGUCUUAUUACAUCUCUAUAGAUGUGAAAUAUGCUCCAAAGCUUCCCUCUGUGUCAGUGAGUCCCUCUGCUGAGAUAGUGGAGGGCAGUUCAGUGACUCUGACCUGUAGCAGUGAUGCUAACCCAGCAGCUAACUAUACCUGGUACAAGGAGAACCACACAAUAUUUCAGGGACCAGAGGGAAAUUACUAUUUCAAGUCCAUCCGCUCUGAGGACAGAGGAAUCUACUCCUGCACGUCUAAGAAUCAAUAUGGACAGAUCAGGUCAUCUCUAUCAGUAGAUGUUCAGUAUGCUCCAAAGCUUCCCUCUGUGUCAGUGAGUCCCUCUGCUGAGAUAGUGGAGGGCAGUUCAGUGACUCUGACCUGUAGCAGUGAUGCUAACCCAGCAGCUAAAUACACCUGGUACAAGAAGAAUGGAAAUUUAUUCCAUCAUCCUCAGAGACAAGAACCACAGCUCAUCCUCAGCUCCAUCCAGUCCUCUGACUCUGGAGAGUAUUACUGUAAAGCUGUGAACGAGCUGGGGAGGAGGACGUCUUAUUACAUCUCUAUAGAUGUGAAAUAUGCUCCACAGCUUCCCUCUGUGUCAGUGAGUCCCUCUGCUGAUGUGAAGGAGGGCAGUUCAGUGACUCUGACCUGUAGCAGUGAUGCUAACCCAGCAGCUAACUAUACCUGGUACAAGAGGAGUACAAAUCCAGAGCAUAAAUAUCUCAGUGAAGAACUACAGCUUGUCUUCAGCUCCAUCCAGUCCUCUGACUCUGGACAGUAUUACUGUACAGCUGAGAACGAGCUGGGGAGGAGGACGUCUGAAUUCAUCUCUAUUGAUGUGCAGUAUGCUCCAAAUGCCUCCUCUGUGUCAGUGAGUCCCUCUGCUGAGAUAGUGGAGGGCAGUUCAGUGACUCUGACCUGUAGCAGUGAUGCUAACCCAGCAGCUAACUAUACCUGGUACAAGGAGAACCAAACACUGUCUCAAGGACAAGAAGGUAUCUAUCAUUUCACCUCCAUCAGCUCUGAGGACAGCGGGUCCUACAACUGCAAGUCUGAGAAUCCAUAUGGACAGAUAAACUCCUCACCUAUAUUAAUAGAUGUCCAGUAUGCUCCAAAGCUUCCCUCUGUGUCAGUGAGUCCCUCUGCUGAGAUAGUGGAGGGCAGUUCAGUGACUCUGACCUGUAGCAGUGAUGCUAACCCAGCAGCUAACUACACCUGGUACAAGAAGAAUAUAAAUCUCAGACCUCUCAGUGAAGAACCACAGCUCGUCUUCAGCUCCAUCCAGUCCUCCGACUCUGGACAGUAUUACUGUGCAGCAGAGAACGAGCUAGCGACAAUAUUUGAAUCCAUCCUCAUUAAUGUGAAAUAUGCUCCAAAGCUUCCCUCUGUGUCAGUGAGUCCCUCUGCUGAGAUAGUGGAGGGCAGUUCAGUGAAUCUGACCUGUAGCAGUGAUGCUAACCCAGCAGCUAACUAUACCUGGUACAAGGACAAUGAAGACUCACCAAAAGCAUCAGGACAGAUCUUCACCAUCACUGACGUCAGAGCUGAACACAGUGGGAAUUAUUACUGUGAAGCCCAGAACACAAGAGGACGUCAUAUCUCCACCUUACAUCUGACUGUUGUGGCAGUGUUCCCAGAAGUAUGGAAAUCAGUAGUCAUUGGAGCAGCCCCUGGUGUUUCCCUGGCUGUCAUAUGGCUCUCUGUCUUCCUGCUGAUAAGAAAAAUGAGGGCUUCCAAGAAACCAUCCAAGCCUGGAGAUAGACCAGACCCAGACAACAGGGAACAGGGUCUACCCAGUCACUUAGAGGAGCAGGAUGACCUUCACUAUGCCAGCGUUCAUUUCAAGACCCACACAGAUCCUGUGUACUCGAACAUCAGACCAGCUGGACUGCGCACUGAUGAGGAAGAAGCAGUCGAGUAUACUGCUGUCGUAUUUAACAGUGCCAGCACUCCCCCGAGAACCACAGGCCAGAAAAGUGGGGAGGAUCCAGCUGCAGUUUACAGUACAGUCAGCAAAACUGAUGACCACAAUAGGAAUCUCUAGUCUGUCCUUUUUUCAUUUAUUUUAUUGAACAGGUAACAAUGUGAUUUUUUAGAGUUUUAUACUGACAUUCAUGGUCAUCAGAGGAUGAAUUCUACUGACUUUGGUGAUCCCCUGACUUCUCAUCUAAAUUGUCUCAACUACUGUUGGAUGGAUUGCCAUGAAAUUAGUCAAAAUCCUUUCCCUCACAGGAUAAAUUACAAUGACACUGGCGAUCCCUUGACUUUUUGGUUGUGCCAGCAUCAUGUCAGAAUUUGUCCACUGCUUUGGUUUAUGCGAAAAUAAAGACUUUAGAUAGAUACUCAACUAAAAUUCACAAAACAAAAUUAAUUUGUAACCUGUAGCUUUUUAAGAAUGUAAUUAAUAUUAUUUUAUUUAAUACCAAUGUAAAAUUUUCCUACUGAAAAGCACAUUGAUGUAUUGCAGAGGAACAUGCAUUAGGUGACCUAGUUGUGGUUUCAUACUGCCGCCACUAGAUGCUAGUCGAGUCACACUGUGUGUAUCCUGUCUUUUUUCAACACACUCUUCCUGUGCUGUCCUUUAAUUUAGCAAUUCAAUCAUCAUGAUUAGUUUUUUUUUUUUUUUUUGUCUAAUUAUAAAACCAUCACAGCUCAUUGCAAUUGUCUCUCUUGCUCCUGUAUUUAUACCUAUCUUUAUGCCCCAUCUCGUUUGUUCUGUAUUGCAUUUGUUUACAUUUUUUCUUGUUUAAAUAUGCUUGAAUAAAAAUUUGGUUGAAAUGGUCACAGCUCAUGUCAGCACUAAGGCCUUAACC